GCCGAACAGAUGUGAGGUACGCCUGGUUUUUCCAAGCAGUGCGUUCAGCACUUCCUCUCACGUUAGGAGUCUUUAUGUUUUUAAGCUUCUCCUGUUGCUGCAGCAGAGGUACCACCUCAGAUCCGAGUAGGGCAGGAAGACAAGCUCAUCUCAAAAUCUCUUCUAACUGACGGAGACAAGAACCGCGAGAUCAGAACAAGUCUGCAUCCUUUUAACAAAGUUUAUUCCUUUUUGUUUUAUUUAUUUGACUCUUUGUUUUGCAGCAGCAUAAACAAUACCUGCGCUGAAAGAGAAGAAAGAGAAGACUAAACAGUUACAAAAAAUUGGAUUUCCCUCCCUAUUUUGUUUGUUUUCUUUUAUUAUUAUUAUUUUUACUAGUUUAUCCUGGUAAUAAAACAACGGUGGGAUACCUGCAGAUCCAAGGUGCCGUGAAGCUCAUCGGGGGCAAAUUCCAAUGCGAUGCUGUGGAUGUGACUUCAACCAACAGAAAAACAGACUCCAGUAAACAACCAUGAAAGACGAAUUCACUGACGAAGAGGAGGUGCAGUCCUUCGGCUAUAAACGGUUUGGAAUUCAGGAGGGUACAGAGUGCACAAAGUGUAAAAAAGAUUGGGCACUAAGGACAGCCAUCGCUCUCCUCUAUGUGCUCUGUGCUCUGCUCACCAUAGCCGUGGCUGUCCUUGGAUACAAAGUUGUCCAGAGGAUGGACAAUGUCACAGAGGGCAUGCAGAACUAUGGAGGCAAGAUCAAUGCUGUGGAAACAGACUUAAGGAAACUAGAUGGUCAAGCAGGAGAGAAGUCCCUCAAUGCCACCAGUGAAAUGAAUACGUUCAAAUCAGAUCUGGAAGCUUUACAAAACCAACUGAAAGACAUUAGCAGUAGAGCAAGAAGCAACAGAGACAUUUUGGGAGAGCUGUUGGCCACAGGAGACAACAUGCAGAAUGGCCAUGUGUCCCUUCAAAGAGUUCUGGCUGGCAACACAGAGUCAUUGCGAGGGAUCAAUCAGUCGUUGGCAUCCUACAGUGGAAUGAUUUAUGACCUCCAGGCAGACACUGCACGGCUCCAGUCUGACCUCCAGGACCAAGUCAAAGUGCAGAGCGAGACUCAAGUUGGCAUCAUCUCGCUUAAUAUCACGCAAGGCCAACAGCGCAACCUGCUCAGCACGCUCCAGAAGACAGUCGAAGAUGUUAGCCAGACGGUGCAGAAGCUGAAGAAUGACUUUCAGAUUCUGCAGCAAACAGCCAACCACACAUGUUCAGACUCAGAGUGGCUGAAAGAAAAGGUCCAGAAUCUUCAGGUUUUGGCAACAAAUAAUUCCGCCCUGACCAUCUCCAACGGUGACACACUGGAUGACCUGAGAGCCCAGCUGAAUUCUUUGGCCAGCCAAAUACAGAACACCUCAGCUAUCACCAACAGCCAUGACCAAGGCUUGCAUGAGCUGAUGGACCGCCAGAGAUACAAUGAUAAUGCCACCUCUUUGAAGUUUGAUGAAAUGGAAGCGCGAUUGGACAGGCAUGAAAGCAACAUGGACCGUGUGACAGGAAACAUGAGCUUCGCAUCGCAGAUCUUAGGAGUCAUUAGCACUGAUCUGACGGGCCUGAGAUCCUGUGCUGAGACAGUGUUAAGACAUACCGACCUGUUAGCAGGACUGAAUGCUACAAUGGAAGAGGCCAAGGCCAACAGCAAAGACCUGCGCACACAACAGGAAGAACUUGCAAGCAGGUUGGACCAAGAGGUGAACAACCUGACCAUGGUAAUGGAGGAGAUGAAGUUGGUGGACAGCAAGCACACACAGCUCAUCACCAACUUCACCAUCCUGCAGGGUCCACCGGGUCCAAAAGGCUCGAGAGGUGAUAAAGGUCCCCAAGGCCUUAUGGGCCAGACAGGACAAAAGGGUGAAAAAGGAGACAAAGGAAUGGUAGGGCUGGUAGGACCAAAAGGAGACAGGGGUGCUACUGGACCACCAGGGGUGACAGGUCCAAAAGGUCCCCUUGGAGCUCGAGGGCUUCCAGGACCUAAAGGAUCAAGAGGGUCUGGAGGUAGACCUGGAAACCCUGGUGAAAAGGGUGACCCUGGAGCUAAUGGAUAUCCUGGUUUGGAUGGAAAACCUGGAUUUCCAGGGCUACAAGGGCCAAAUGGACCUAGAGGAGAAGCAGGACCUCCAGGUUUAGAGGGACCUCGUGGACCUGUUGGUCCAAUUGGCCCUGCUGGUCCUCCGGGCCUUCCUGGCCUACCUGGACCUGUCAUUCCUGCCAUUAUUAAACCAUCCAAAGCCCCUCAAGUUGUUAAACCUCCCCUACCAACGUUAGAUCCCGUACCAACGGAGAAACAAAAAAGCUCUGCAUCUUGGCAGGACCAGUCCCCACCUGUUAUUACCACCCCUACACCUGGUUGUCCUCCUAAGUUCAGAAACUUUGGGGACAGCUGCUACUACUUCUCCUCUAGUUCCCAAAGACUCAACUUUAAUGAAGCAAACAAGUUCUGUAAAAACAUGUCCUCCCAUAUGCUCAUAAUCAAUGACAAUGAGGAGCAGCAAUUUGUAAGAAAUGCCAUUUCAACAAAGGGCUAUUUCUGGCUGGGGCUUACCGACAAGGAGGAGGAAAAUGUCUGGAAGUGGGUGGAUGGAACCAUACCAGUUUUUACAAACUGGAAACCUGGUCAGCCAGAUAACUGGACUCAUGGUCAUGCAAAUGGAGAGGAUUGUGCAGGUCUUAUCCAUAAUGCUAACUGGAAUGAUUUCUACUGCACAGACCGCAUCGGUUUCAUCUGUGAACAACCAUCUGAAUGUCAGAAGGCGAAAUAUCUUGUCCACACCCCAGCGAUGCCUCUCUUCACGACCAACCCCUUUGAUCAAGAUGUUGAGAAAGCAACCAGUGAGAUGAACACUGCAGAGGACUGGGGCCUCAUUCUGGACAUAUGUGAUAAGAUAGGGCAGUCCCGCACUGGUCCCAAAGAAUGUCUCCGCUCUAUAAUGAGAAGAGUGAACCACAAGGAUCCCCAUGUAGCCAUGCAGGCAUUGACUCUCCUGGGUGCUUGUGUUUCAAACUGUGGCAAAAUCUUCCACUUGGAGGUUUGCUCCAGAGAGUUUGCCAGUGAAGUCAGUAAUGUCUUAAACAAGGGUCACCCAAAAGUGUGUGAAAAGCUGAAGGCACUGAUGGUGGAGUGGGCAGAGGACUUCCGCAAUGAUCCACAGCUUAGUCUGAUCUCAGCGAUGAUCAAGAAUCUACGCGAGCAAGGUGUCAGCUUCCCAGUUGUGGGUUCCCAGGCUGCAGAGCAAGCAAAAGCAAGCCCAGCAUUGGUGGCUAAGGAUCCCUCCACCACAACAAACAAGAAAGAGGAAGAAGAUCUGGCCAAAGCUAUUGAGCUGUCGCUAAAGGAGCAACGUCAGCAACCGCAGACCUCCUUAUCGAGCCUUUACCCGAGCACUUCCAGUCUGCUCUCCACACAUAAGUCCGACGGCAGAAAAGUCCGCGCCAUCUACGAUUUUGAGGCUGCAGAGGACAAUGAGCUCACUUUUAAGUCAGGAGAAAUCAUCACUAUCCUGGAUGACAGUGACCCCAACUGGUGGAAAGGGGAAACGUACCAGGGAGUCGGCUUGUUCCCUUCCAACUUUGUCACUGCUGAUCUCACUGCAGAGCCUGAGAUGAUGAAGACGGAGAAGAAAACUGUACAAUUCAACGAGGAGAUCCAGGUGGAGACAAUAGAGCCUGAGCAGGAGCCUGUUUAUAUAGACGAGGACAAAAUGGACCAGCUGCUCCAAAUGAUUCAGAGUGCAGAUCCUACAGACAACCAGUCGGACAGCGUCGAGUUACUCCAGCUGGAAGGUGCGUGUAAUCAAAUGGGACCCCUCAUUGACCAGAAGUUGGAGGAUAUAGAUAGGAAGCACUCUGAGCUGUCAGACCUAAAUGUGAAGGUGAUGGAAGCCUUGUCUCUAUAUGCAAAGCUGAUGAAUGAAGAUCCAGUAUAUGCCAUGUAUGCCAAGCUGCAGAGCCAGCAGUACUACAUGCAGCAGCCUGCUAGUGCAGCACAGCAGGUCUACCCUGGUCAGCCUGCGUCAGGUUCGUACGCCAUGAGCAGUACCGGAGUGCAAGGUUAUACGGUUCCUGUGGAGCAGCUUCCUGCUGGGGCACCCAUUCCUGGUCAGCCAGCUCACAGCGAUGUCCACAUGUAUAUGGGUCAGCCACCGGUCUACACUGCAGCCCCCGGUGCUAUGGCUCCAGCAGACAUUCAGUCCUACCCAAACCCAGCCAGCGCCACGGGCCCCGCACUGUGCACAGCUCCCGCAGGCAUGACGCAGACGGCGAACUACCGCGCCCCCUCCGGCACAAGCUUAGUGCCUCAUUCAGACGUACCACAGGGCCCUUACUCAGAGAAAGCCUUGCUAUAGGGCUCCACUCCUCCUUGUUACAGAUAGGGUAAACAUAUACCAAUUAUCACCCCACCGUAAGAAAUAGUUCAUUGUUGUUUCUGUUGAGGAGCAGGUUUAAAAAUUUCAAACACAUCAGGCAAACACCUGCGUUUGGUGCAGCUCGUGUUUUAUUUAGCAAACCCACAUGUAAAAAAUACAGUGACUUCUUUCUGCUGGUCAUGGAGUGUUUGUGAGGUUCUGACUUGAGCUAACAAGUAGUUUGAAGGUAUGCAUCAUUUCUUAUUGAUCAUGUUUGCACAUUUUUACCUAUUCAGAUGUUGGAAAAUACAGCUGCUUUAAGUUGGACUGAUGGGUCAUGGUUCUAGUCUAAGCACCUAAUGUAAAUCUGGCCACAAUAAACUCCACUUUUUCUGUAAAAAAUCUUUAAUAAUUUAACAAUGUUAGAUUUAAAGAUUUUUAGGAAUACCUAAUUGUUACUUUUUUUAUAGACUCUUCAAAAGGGUCUGAUAGUCCUGUUUUAGAUUUUCUUUUGUUUUAGAAUUUAUAAACAGAAAAAAUAUCAUUUGAAUUCUUUGUUUUCACAUCUUCUGAAUUUUUAAAUAUAAUUGCAUUUAUUUUGCCAUGUUAGACACAUCUUACUCUUAGAAAUGAUAUGAGUCUAACGGUCUAAUCAAUAUAAGUGCAUCUAAAUAAAUUACAAUAUCAUCGAAAGUUGAUUUGAGUAGUACAGUUCAAAAGGUGAAACUCGUUGACUCAUUAUACACAGAUUGAUAUGUUUCAAGCAUUUAUCUGUUAAUUUUGAUGAUUAUGGCUUACAGCUAAUAAAGACUCAAGAUUCAGCUUGUGACAAAAUAGAAUAGAGUAUGACUUAAAACCAAUUUAAAACAAAAAAAAAAGGGACUUUUUGAAAGAAAUUUGACCCAAAUACUGAACAAGCUUUGCUUCACAAGUCCUUUCAAGGCUAUGGUUAUCACUGUUGCUAGUGCAUAUUUUCAGCUAAACACUAAACUUUCUACUAGACCACUUGGCUGCAGCUGUCUGUGAACAGCCAGCUUCUUCAGCAACUUUUGUUUGGACCUUCCUUGUGGAGGUUGCUAAUGACUGUCUGUUAGACAGUUGUCAAGGUAACAAUCUCCUUCAUGUUUAUGUGGGCCAAAACCUAACAUUUGUCUGUUUUAUUGGUGGUAUUUAAUAUUCUGAAUUUUCUGAAAAACUAGAGUUUGGGUUUCAGUUUAGCUUUAGAUCAUAAUUAUCAAAAUAAACAGAAACAAGCAUGUAAAAUGCAUUAUUGAGAUGCACAUCUAUAUAUGAUUAUUAGAAUUUGUCAACUUCUUAAUAACAAUGUCAGCUCUAUGUAAACAAAAAGUUUUACCAAAUAGAGUAAACAAAUGUAACUGUAGUUACGGUGUAAUGCCAUUUUAUUUAGAUGAUGCACAUGUGAAAUAGAGCAGUUCUUUCACAUUACUAUUAAUAGGCCUACAUCUGUGGACUUACAUUAAAACACUAACAUUAAGACAAAUUCAGUAUGCCACAGUGAUCCCAUCCACAACAGCUAAUUACAGUCCUGUUCAUACCAUAAAAAGGUUGUUUUUUUCACUUGUUUUCUACUUUUUUAUUCAAAUCAAAACACUAAACUGGAGAUAUUAUGCUCCAGCUAAUCUACAAGUUUCAUCAACUUUUAAAAGUACUGAAAACUGAAGUCACUUUGAUUUUCUUGCGGAUGCAUGCACAUGACUCCUGUAAAUACUACACUAAGGUAGUACCCAUGAGGUUGGUUGUAUGUUGGCACAGCUCUGGGUGUUUUCUCCUAGCCUCAAAGCUGAUUCUUCUGUUUAAGCAUGCCCCUGGUGAGUUAAAGGUGUAUAAGCAUCCCUACAUGUCCAUUGUCCAUUGCAACACAAGCAGUUUCAUAUUUUCCAGGGGGAUGCAGGCCUCCGUGUCCAUCGAGGCUGUGCUAACAUGCAUGCACCACCGACUUGGCUACAAAGGGGAGAACUCUAUGAGCCCCAUUGAUUUUGAUUUCUUUUUUUCUUUUUCUAGUGCAUUCUAAUUUAUGUUUAACUAUUAUUAGGAUAUUUUAAUUAAGUAUUGCAGGAUGUAUGUAUUCAAAGAAUAGAGUGGGAUGUGUGAUAUUCUGCCUAACUUAGUUGUAUAUUUCAGAUGAGAAUCUGGACAUUUCUCUCUUAUUGUACUGUAGGUUUAAUGGUAACAUUAGAACUGACUGAAAUCGAGCCCUGAUGUGUGUUUUGUGAUUUCUCAGACUUGUGUUAACACCGAUGGAUGCUUUAUGUGAUGAAGAGACAUUAGUCGAAGAUUAUGUUUAGGUGCCAUCUCUCACCCAACAUUAAAUGAUGCAUUUAAUGUGUUCUUAGUCCCAAAUAAUUUGUAUGGCUUCUACAUGUAGCAAGUCUUCAAGAAGGAUUGGAUGUUUGGAAAAACAGAUUUUCAAUAAGCUAGUAAAAUAAAAUAAAGCUAUUUGUGUAUUGUAUUAAAUUAUGCUUUGUGAAGGAAAUUUGAAUUAUUGAUUCUGAAGUACAUUUUAGAGUUGGGACAUGUUUCAGUACUCUAGUGACAAACUUUUCUCAUUGCAUUUUCUCUUUGGAUAUCUUGUUUCAAAUGUGUAAUGUUUUGCCAUCCAUGUGUCACCUUAUGAAUGCAAAACACCUCCUAUUUAAGGCUUAGUAUUUAGACUCUGUUUUUGAGAAUUUAAUUUUAACAUAAAUAUAGUUGAGACAAGCUAAAUGAGUCAUUAUUUUGCCUCCUUCAGUUUAAUGUAAGAAAAUCUACUCCAUUUAACCAUAACAGCUGUUCUGGGACCAUGAGAGAAAGACCCAGCUUAUUGUUAUGCAUCAUCCAAAUGGAUCAUCUUACCGGACCGAUGAGGGACUGCAGCCCUGAUGGAACCUUUUCUUUUUGUACAGGAUUGAGAUGCUGCCUGUUUUUUUUUUGUUUUUUUUUAAGUUUUAAGCCAACAUUAUCGUAAAGGUUCUGUCCAAACCUGUACUCUGCUGUUUCUAUGUAUUCUUUUAACCAUACCUAAUAAUUGGUAUUCACAAUAAAACCAGGCCAAGUGUACAGAGUAA